AUGCCAUCCGAAGCAACUCCACUGCAACUGCGGUCUUCGUCUUUGCAGUUGAAUCUGCGCGUCUGGAGACGAGAGGAAGCUCAGAAGCGCAACCUCAAGCGUGGAGGCAUUUUCCUCCUCGUUCUCUGUGCCUUCAGUCUCUUCAUCACGUACACAGCAGGACCUCCAGUUGACCCCAAGAGCACGGCACCAGCUUCAGUACAAACGACGCACGCUGUGACCAAAGCCACGUCGGUCAACAGCACGACACCAACGACGAACGAGUCGGUCUUUUGUGGACUCACGACGCAGGAUUCGGGCUACGUCAAGCUGCCGAAUACAGUCGAUGACCACUACUUUUACUGGUACUUUGAGUCCCGCAGCGACCCGAGCACGGAUCCACUCGUGCUGUGGCUCACAGGAGGACCUGGUUGUUCCAGUAUGAUGGCUCUGCUCGUAGAGAACGGACCGUGUCACGUGCUUCCAGACUUGUCGACUCGACUGAAUCCGUACUCGUGGACGAACGAGAGCAACGUCGUGUGGCUGGAUCAACCCACGGCCGUGGGCUUCACGUACGGCGACGAGCGCGACCUGGACAAUAGCGAGGAUACCGUGGGCGAGAACAUCUUUUACUUCCUCCAGGGGUUCUUGGCGAAACACCCGGAGCUGGCAGGUCGUGACUUUUACAUCACAGGGGAGAGCUACGGCGGACACUAUGUGCCGGUGGCUGCACACUACGUGUGGGAGCAGAACAAGGUGAAUGCAGGCACCCCACAGCACAUUAACCUCAAGGGUAUUGCGAUCGGGAACGGGCUCACUCAAGCGGCGAUUCAGGCGCCGCACUACGUGGACAUGGCCGAGAAGAACGCGUAUGACAUCAAACUCGUGGACGACUCGCAGCUCGCUCAAAUGAAAGCUGAUGCGCCUGUGUGCGGGGCCAUCUUGGCCCAGUGUCCGCGAAAUGCGACGGCGUGCUUCGACGGCAUCGAGUUCUGCACGGACCGACUGUUUGCACCGCUCUUGACUGCCAAUCGGAACCCGUACGACAUCCGCAUGCCUUGCACGCGCGUGGACGAUCCGACCAAGUGCUACGACAUUUCAGCCGUCUCCAAGUACUUGGACGCUCCCAAUGUGCGCGACUCCCUCGGCGUCAACUCGAAGCAUGCAGGUGCCUGGCAAGAGUGCAACAUGGAGGUGAACGUGGCUUUCUACAUGACGGCCGACAUCGUCAAGCCAUUCAACACUUACGUCAGUGAUCUGCUCAACGACGACCUGCGCGUGCUCAUUUAUGCGGGUGACGCGGAUUUGGUGUGCAAUUGGUACGGUAACCAGGCGUGGACGUUGGCGCUUGACUGGAAGGGCAAAGUCGGAUUCAAUGCGGCAUCUGAGACGGUGUACACGACGAGCGAUGGCACGAACGGGGGCAUCUCGCGGUCGUUCAACAACCAGUUGACGUUCCUGCGCGUGUUCAACUCGGGCCACAUGGUGCCGCAAGAUCAGCCGGCAGUGGCGCUCGAUAUGCUGAACAAGUUCCUGAAGAACGAGACGAUCUGA